GGUAUUGAGAAAAGCCACUCAAUGAGUGACGUAAUCACCACGUCACUCACCCUCCAUAUAUUCUCAAUCCCCCUCCGAUCCACUCCUCCUCGGAAUCUUCCAAGUUUUCUCCGCAAAAUCAGUUUCCCGCUUCGUAGAGAUGGAAAACGAGAUUUUCUCGGCAACCAAACAGAGUUCUUCGAUUCCCCUCCUCACUCCGUAUCAGAUGGGAAGCUUCAAACUCUCUCACAGGGUCGUUUUGGCGCCAUUGACGAGACAGAGAUCGUACGGCAACGUUCCUCAGCCGCACGCUGUCUUGUAUUACUCUCAGAGAACGACGAAGGGAGGGUUUCUCAUCUCUGAAGGCGCCACAAUUUCCCAUACAGCGAUAGGAUACAAAGACGUGCCCGGAAUAUGGACGAAGGAGCAGGUGGAGGGAUGGAAGCCGAUCGUGGAGGCUGUCCACGCGAAGGGUGGUGUCUUCUUCUGUCAGAUUUGGCACACCGGCCGAGUCUCCAGCCGAGGGUUUCAGCCAAACGGGCAAGCGCCGAUAUCGAGCACGGACAAGCCAUUGACACCUCAGCUCCGCUCUAAUGGCAUCGACGUAGACGAGUUCUCGCCUCCAAGAAGGCUAAGAACCGACGAGAUCCCAAGCGUCGUUAAUGAAUUCAGGCUCGCGGCAAGAAACGCUAUGGAAGCGGGUUUCGACGGGGUCGAGAUUCACGGAGCGCACGGUUACCUGAUCGACCAAUUUCUAAAAGAUCAAGUGAAUGAUAGAACGGACGAGUACGGCGGAUCGUUACAAAACCGCUGUAGAUUCGCUGUGGAAGUAGUGGAAGCCGUAGCAAACGAGAUAGGCCCCGGAAGAGUCGGGAUAAGGCUCUCGCCCUUCUCGAACUACAAGGAGGCAGCCGACUCGAACCCUGAAGUAUUAGGGAUUCACAUGGCGGAGUCGCUGAACAGAUACAACAUUCUCUACUGUCACAUGGUGGAACCGAGGAUGAAAACUGUGGGAGAUAUCUCGACAUGCGUCGAGACGUUGAUUCCGAUGAGGAAAGCCUUUCAGGGAACGUUCAUCGUGGCGGGAGGAUACGCGAGGGAAGAUGGGAACGCGGCCAUUGGCGAGGGACGGGCCGAUCUUGUGGCGUACGGGAGACCAUUCUUGGCGAACCCUGACCUGCCGAGGCGGUUUGAGCUCGACGCUACGUUGAAUGAGUACGAUAGAUCGACGUUCUAUACGUCGGAUCCUGUCGUUGGAUACACGGAUUACCCUUUUCUUGAGAGCUCUGGUUCUUGAGUCGGAACGGUUUUUGUCGGACGCUGUCCGAAUCUUGCAACUUAGCGAGAUGGCCAGAAAGCAUGUAACAGAAAGAAACACAGUACCACUAGUUAAUUUUAAUCAUGAAGAAACUAAA